AUGACCGAACCCGCGCGCCGCCAGACAGUCCCUUUGACCUGCCAUGGCCACUCGCGGCCUGUCACCCACUUGAGCUUCUCCCCACUUGAAAAGGAAGAUUCCUACUACAUGAUCUCUUCUUGCAAAGAUGGCAACCCCAUGCUCCGCGACGGCCAAACUGGUGAUUGGAUCGGCACCUUUCUAGGGCACAAGGGAGCUACAUGGCAAGCAAGGCUUAGCCCUGAUGCAUCGACCGCUGCCACCUCGUCUGCGGACUUCAGUGCCAAGAUCUGGGACACCCACACCGGCGAACUGCUCUAUGUCCUCAAGCAUGACCAUAUUGUCCGCGCCAUUGCCUAUCCGUACGAAAACUCUGGGCUGCUGGCAACUGGCGGAUACGAGAAGAAGCUUCGCAUCUUUGACCUGGCGGAUCAGAGGCCGGCGACUUCACCAACGGGCACCAGCCCCGAACCAGUCACAAUUGACGCAUCCAAAGCCUUUGAGAUUGGCGAAGGGGUACACAAAGAUAUCAUCAAGUUCAUCGUCUGGGCUCGCGACCCCAACGUAAUCAUCACCGCGUCUGGCGAUACGCUGCGCUGGUUCGAUCUUCCCUCUCGUCGUUGUGUGCGUGAGGCGAAACUGGAAGGCGAGAUCAAGUCAUGCGAGCUGGUUUCACUUGCGCCUUCGCAUAGCGCUCCCACCGACAUCGGCGGCGGUUUGCCUGUUCUGGCGGUGGCUGCGGGAAAAACCGCCUAUUUUUGGGGUGGAAGCCGAGCUGAGGAUGAGCUCAAGAGGAUCACGCUUCCCCAUGGAAUUGCUAGUGUUGGGCUGGACCUAAAGGGUAGAAAAUUUGUUGUUGGCGAAGAACCGGGUACUUGGGCUCGCGUCUACACCUGGGACGAGGGCCAGGAAAUUGAUGUGCACAAGGGCCACCACGGCCCUAUCUGGUCCAUUGCGUUCUCUCCCGACGGCAAUUUGUAUGCAACUGGGUCAGAGGAUGGCACAAUCAAGAUGUGGAAGAACUGUGACGGCUAUUACGGGCUCUGGCCGAAGGAGUACUCUUCCCAACAGACGACGGGUGUAUUCAAGGAUAUCACCAACCAAGGCGUUGCUAUGCCUGAUGUUCUUGAUCUUCUCAGCUUCGAGGUUCCGGUCACAUCGGCCGUGAAUCCUCACUCUGAUCUACUCCUCAGCUAUUCGCCAAACAAGUACGAUAAGCCCCUUUCACCCGUCCGUCUGAGGCGUCACGCCAACAAGAUAUCUCCUCUCAGGUUUGAGAUUGAUGUCGAGUCACCCCCCAAUACCACUUCCGACCUUUUGCUCAGCUUUUCGCCGAAUAAGUACGAUAAGCCCUUGUCGCCUGUUCGUUUGACCCGUAAUACCAGACCGGCAUCCACCCUGCGUUGAGCUAUGUUCGAGAUCCGCUUGAAGCUACAAAGCACAUACAUAUUGGGCUGUGGCUAGGUACCUCUGAUUAUGCAGUAUUCUUCUCGACAGCAUCUGGGCUGGCAAGGUCUUCCAAGGGUAUUGCUGCUAUGCCAAGACAUACUCUGUUGCGCAAGGCAGAUGAAAGAAAUCGUGAUUAUGGAUGGCAGAGACACUUGUAUCAGAAGAUAGACGUCCCGUAUAUGCUCGUAGGCGUGGGAUCAUCUUAUCUUAUAUCAUGCUGGUUAUUAUGCUUUGCUCAUUUGUGUUUACCAAAUCAGGAGGUCAAGAUGUCAAAGGGGUCAUAAUUCGUUAGUGUUGCCCACUCGAGACUCGACGAGGACAUGGAAAUACCAAACAAUUAGAAAUCCGCAUAGUGUUCCCAGCCAAAGUGUUGUGAUCUGAUUCGUUUAGUGGCGAGAUUCACA